AUGCAGCGCGUUUCCUCUUUGCUCCCGAGCUGGGACAGGGCCAAGGCGGCUGAUGGCGCAUCCAAUCCCGGCAACACAAGCAAUACCGGUGGGAACACUACAGCGGCAGCAUCAAACGCAGCCGCCAACAGCACCGGCUUCAGCCUUAACAACAACCGCAGCAGCACCAGCAGCAGCAUUAGCAACGCCAACAACAACCGGAACAGCAGCAACAGCACACAGCUGCGCAAUGGCCGCGCCUUUGCCAAAGUGUUCAGCUGGGCCGACCGCAUCGGCGGCCACAAGACGCUGACCGUCUCGCCCAGUAUCGCCAAUGCUGCCACCACGCCUUCGCUCUCCGGCCAGAUGGGCCGCGAAGCGUACUGGCCGUCGGCGCUCGAUCGCGAGUGCGAAAAGGCGGCGCGCAUCCUCAAGUCGUUCUGCACCGACGGUUUUCUCGACGAGGCCGACGCCGCACCAACUAGCCCGACAAAUCGUGCAAGCAUGAACAGCCUCGCAUCCCCGCGCUUACCGCCCAGGCGUUCGGGCGACGUGCCGCCCAUGUCGCCCACGAGUGGCCUGACGCCCGCCAAGAGGAAGAUUCCACCUCGCAUCAUCCAAGAGGCCGUGGGUCUCGCCAUUUUUUCCUGCAUGCGCUCGGGUCUCUGGAUGUCCGGCUCGGGCGGCUCUGGCAUUCUCAUCGCCCGCAAGGCCGACGGCACCUGGUCGCCGCCUUCGGGCAUUCUCUUGCACACUUCGACGGUCGCCUUCAUGAUGGGCGUCGAUAUCUACGACUGUGUCUUGGUCAUCAACAGCGUCGCCGCGCUAGAGCUGUUUACGCGGCCACGCCUCACCCUGGGCACCGACAUCCCACUGACUGUUGGGCCGCUCGUCACGAUGGGCUUGUUGGAAAACGAUGUGCGGUUGAACCAUGAGCUCGGAAAUACUGUGUUAACGUACCUCAAGGCACGCGGACGCCACAGCCCGGCGCAGCUCGCCGGCUCCCUCGUCACUGAGCGAUCCAACGAGAACGAGCGCUUCUACUCCGAAGACGGCGCCGGCAAUGGCUCGCAGCCUAUUGACAUCCUUGACAUUCUCGCGGGCAAUGUCCGCAAAUCCAUCCCCGAAAUCCUCCCGCUCUUCGAGGCCAUCAAGGCCGCCGAGGGUCGAAUUGACUUUGACACGGCCACUAUGGACCGUCUGUCGCAGCAGCCGGCUCCGGGCGACGCCGAUAUUGCCGACACCCCGGGUAUCCUGACCCCGUCCUCCCCGAACUCCGCCACGUUUGGCAUACCCGACGCCGCCGACCCAGACCCCUUUGGCAUCAUUGCCCUGGAGAUGGCUGGCUUGGAGAUUCGUGAAGCCGGUUCCAAACACCGGCCUUCAAGCCACCAGUUUGAUUACAACAACAACGCAAGUCCCACCAGUCCUAUGUUUGCUUCUCGUUUCAGCCGCCAGAGCGCCGAUGUCGCCGCCCUGGAGCACGGCAACAACCGGACAAGCUACAUGUCCACCCGUACACAAGCUACAUCAAUGACUGAUGCUUGUACACAGACGAACGACGUCACCGGAACCCCAGACACCUCUCUCAGUCCCACCCACUCCGACGACGGCAAAGAUGCCCAAGCGAACCACGACAACAUCCGCAACAGCUUGGCAAGGAAUGUCCCCUCCCCCGUCCCAGAACUGUCUGUGCAUGCCACACCCGUCGAGCAACCCGUCGAGCAACCCGUCGAACAACCCGUCGAGCGGCUCGCCGCGCCUGAGGAGGACUCGGCCGGACUGGCCAUGUCCAAUGCCCCGCCGCUUCUGCCGCCAAGGCACCGUCCAGUUCCUGUUCCUGAUGCUGUAAUGACCGACUCCGCCGCAGACACAACGAAUUCAAAGUACCUCACGGUCGACCGCGGUAUCGAAACUGACGAGCAGCUGUCUGAUGGUGCCGCGACCCUGGCGACCAGUCACUUUGUGGAGGAUGAGCGGAACGAGGAUGCUGACGACGAGGACGAGGAGACUGACGGUUUUGGCGACGACGGCGGCAACGAGACGCUGGACGAUGCCGCUGAUUUCGACGAUGGCGACGACGACUUGGACGACGACGACAUGGAGGAAGAGCCAGUUAUUUUCGAGGUCGCGUCGACUACUGUGCGGCCGGUUCGUGUUGCACCCGCACAGAUGGCCACGCAAGUUGCCCAGGUCAUCCAAGCCAAGGGCGCGCUUGUGAACAUUCCCAAGCGCGUUGCCCCGCCCCUGCCGCUGCGGAGCCCCGCCCGGACGUCCAGAGCUAGCAAGAGCGAGUAUGGCGACCUCUCUGCCAUCGGCAGCCCCCUGCGCAACUCGUUUCAGAGCAGCGUGACGUCUGAUGUCCGCGCUGAGUCACCCGACGUCGCGAAUACGAAGCCAGUGGCUGGGUUGGCGGAGUCGGCUAUGAAGCGCACGCCUGUUGCUCUUGCCGUUCCUGUCAGCGCCGUGGAGAACGAGUCCUCUGUGACCACGUCUGCUUAUGAGUCUGCCGCUGAUACGACUGUCGCGGACAAGACGAACACGGUCGACGAUGCUGAGGCCAUACCCUCCAUUCCCAAUGCUUCUGAGCCCACGACGUCUUCGAUUGACGACUCCGACCGUGAGCCGCAGACCCCGCGCCCUGAUGCUGCCUUUGACGAAGCUCCGGCGGGCGCACAGAAGCAGAACGACGAGGACCUGGGUCUUACCACCGACCACCUUCACACAUCAACACUGGCGGUUUAA